AUGCUCUGGACUACCAUCUACUGUGUGAAAUUUUGCUUUUUGGCUCAAUUUAAAUUCCACAAGCCUCCCUACGCAUAUGUCUCUAAGCAUCUUACCCGCUAUUACUGGUCCUCGAUCGGGAUAUGUUCUGCGGCCGUACUGGUUACACUGAUCCAGCCCAUUAUUCUAUGCCCGAACUCUGAUCGGUGCCGCUAUUUUCGAGAUGCAAGCACAGUUUCAUUGGAAAUGACGGUCACCGCCUUAGACAUUAUCACGGACAUUUUUGUCAUAUCAAUUCCGAUUAGCUUGAUAUAUAUGGCAAAUUUCACGCGCUUGCACACUAUCAUUAAUGCUUGCUUCAAAUGUCUCUCCAUCUUCCCGAUCGUAGUAGCUACAGCACGACUGGCGCUUCAGUACCGAGCCGAAACCCGCAACAUUAACUAUAUCUGGGUUACUUUCUUGCUUGUUGUGGAGGCCGCAACUGCGAUGAUCAUGGCGAGCAUUUCGAGCUAUCGGGUUGUGAUCAUUGAUUACCUCGCGGAAAGGAGGAUGCGACGUGGCGCAAAUCUACCAUCGUCGAAGACGUAUAUCCUCGGUAAUGGUGUUUCUGGACGAGAGGAGAGAAUUGAUAUAAGGCUGAACGACACCGCACCUCAAAGUAGCUCCGUGUCGGAACUUCCAAUGAUACAUCCAGCACCCACUUCCCCUGUCGGUCCCACCACCUGA